UAAGAAACGGACGCCGUGUUGUUGAUGGUUGAGAAAUGUUCAACAUUUUCUGCUUUCGUGUGUAGCUAGCUAGGUUGUUUAACCUUAAUUAUAUUAACGUUAUAUUGGAUCAGAAGACACAAUGUCGGAAUAUUGGAAGUCCCAGCCAAAGAAAUUCUGCCAGUACUGCAAGUGCUGGAUAGCCGACAAUAAACCUAGUGUUGAGUUUCAUGAACGAGGGAAGAAUCACAAAGAAAAUGUUGCUGCCAAAAUUGCUGAGAUGCAAAAGAAGAGCAUUGACAAGGCGAAGAAGGAGGAUCGUCAGUCUAAAGAGUUUGCAACGAUGGAGGCGGCUGCACUGAAAGCUUAUGAGGAGGAUAUGAAAAGGUUGGGGAUAAAACCAUCAGGUUCCCCAUCUCAAACCAAAGCCCAAACUCCAAGCCCAGUUCCAUCUCAAUCUCCAUCUCCAUCUCGAAAACAAGAAAAGAAGCGAAAGCCUGGAAAGGAGAGGAUGCCCAGAAACGAAUCAGAGAACUGGGUGGAGGGAAAGACAGGCGAAGGACUCACAUACUACUACAACUCUAUGACAGGAGAAUCUCAGUGGGACAAACCAUAUGGGUUGAAGGGAAAGAGCACACCCUCUCCACAGCCUGGUCAAACUGAAAUCUCCUUAGGUAGGGCCUGGAUGGAGGCCGUCAGUCCUGAUGGAUUUACAUACUACUACAACACAGAGACUGGAGAGUCCAGCUGGGAAAGACCUGCAGAUCUCCCUGCCGGUGGUGAGUCUGGGUCUGGGCCCAGUGGAGAGACAGUGGGCCCCCCAGGGGUAGAUGACACAUCUGCCCUGCAGCCAGAACCCCUCUCUGGGGAGGACAGCUCCAACAGUACCAACGGAGCCGGGGAGGGAGAGGAUUCCAAACAGGUCACCAAGAUUCAGUUCAGGAAUACACCGCCUUCAGACAAGGAGGGAGAGGAUAAAGAUGGUGAGGAUGAUGAUGGGGGGAAGGGAGACGAAGGGGCCAAAGACACACCGGCAGCUGUGCCUGAGGAGAAAGAGAGGCCUGCUGUUAAGAAGCCCAGGAAGACCAACCCUUACGGAGCCUGGGAGCAGAUACAGGAAGAAGAAGAGCCUUAUGAGAAAGUGGACCUGCAGCUACCACAGGUGGAAGGUGCAGCUAGCACCCCCGCGGAGCUGCCGCCUGAGCCCAAACCCAAGUUUAGGGAGCGUAUCAUCACCUCUCUGGGCGACGAGGGUGGCCCCGCGUCGGGAGCCGGGACAACGUUCAGGAAGAGGAAAGCAGAGAACGGGAAAUCCUCCAGGAGCCUGAGGCAACGGGGAGAUGAUGACUAAUACCCAGGCUAACUCAGAUAUUAACUAUUUUUAAACAGACACAAGGCUUGACAAACUGGGGGAUGUUGUUGGAGACUGUUGUUAUUGUGUAAUGGGACAAUUCGAGCAACGUCAUAUCAAUACCUGGAUAGGCAGGUCAGGUCCCUGUGGGCUACAAAGAACCCGAGUUAGCUACUCACCAAGAUGCCAUCAUUUCAUAAUUGUUCAGGUUGAAUUUUACCCAUCAACCAACCAAGUUACAGUAUAUCAGCAGCUUUUGGGGUUGAAUAAUAGGACAAGCAGAUGUCUGAAACAAGCUGGAUCAGUGGCUUUAGCUGUCCUAACUUGAAGUGUUACUCUUUACAAUUUCCUUUUUCAAUG